GAGAGGCGUCCCAGGGUCAAACUCAAGCUCUCUCCGGCGUUUAGCCCGAGGGAAGUGAUGGAGGGUUUUGAGCUUCGAAUUCGGUUUUAUUUUAUCCCAUUCAACUCACUCGCCACUGGAGACACCAUAACCCCUCGCCCAGGUUUCCCCCUCGAGAAUGCCCGCCUCUGCGCAGAAACCCCUCAGGAGCGCCGCGCAGUCGCCCGCCGCGUUCCGGCGGCGCUCUGUCGGCGACGAGCUACCUUGUGACGUCACCGAGGGAAGAGGCGGGUUCUCCCGCCACUGGAAGAUGCCUGCUCUUUUGAUUGGCUGCUCAGGACGUCCGUUAGGGCGUGUGGUCCUUUCCUUGUGCGCUCCGAGCGUGGGCGUCCCGCUGGGGGUGUGUGGCAGGGGUUUCCAGACCCGGCACCUGCACCCUAGCCCCUUCCAUCAGGGGUUCGGCCCAGGGUCGCCCCUGGCGGGCGGCUCGCGAAUCUUGAAGAACAGCCACGCAAACCCGGAGCGUCCCGGGCCUGCGGAGGUCCCCUGGGCGGGCUGGAAGAUGGCGGCAGCAUCGGUCUCUGAGACUUCGGCUUCUCAGUUCUCGAACAUCUUAGCAGAACCAUCAAAGUCUAACGGAAGUAUGGUUCACCAUUCCUCAUCUCCAUAUGUAGUAUAUCCACCCGAUAAGCCUUUCCUUAACAGUGAUCUGCGACGCUCCCCAAAUAAGCCUACAUUUGCCUAUCCGGAAAGCAACAGCAGAGCUAUAUUUUCUGCUCUGAAGAAUCUUCAAGAUAAAAUUCGGCGUUUAGAACUUGAAAGGAUUCAGGCAGAAGAGAGUGUGAAAACCUUGUCUAAAGAAACAAUUGAAUAUAAGAAAGUAUUGGAUGAACAGAUACAAGAAAGGGAGAAUUCAAAGAAUGAGGAAUCAAAGCACAACCAAGAACUGACAUCUCAGUUGUUAGCUGCAGAAAAUAAAUGUAAUCUUUUAGAAAAACAAUUGGAAUACAUGCGGAACAUGAUAAAGCAUGCAGAAAUGGAGAGGACAUCUGUAUUAGAGAAACAGGUCUCCCUAGAAAGAGAACGACAACAUGAUCAAACACAUGUUCAAAACCAACUUGAAAAAUUGGAUCUUCUUGAACAGGAGUAUAACAAGCUUACCACAAUGCAAGCCCUUGCAGAAAAAAAAAUGCAAGAGUUGGAAGCAAAACUCCGUCAGGAAGAACAAGAAAGGAAACGAAUGCAAGCUAAGGCAGCCCAGUUGCAGACUGGUCUAGAAGUAAAUAGACUUAUCUAUCAAGAUAAGGCAACUUCAUGUGUUCCCAAUACAAAAAGAAUUAAAAAAAAGAAGUCAAAACCACCAGAAAAGAAGGGUUCUAGGAACUAUUUUGCUAUACAGCCACAUUAUCGAUUAUGCUUGGGUGAUAUGCCAUUUGUAGCUGGAAAGUCCACCAGCCCCAGCCACGCGGUGGUAGCCAAUGUUCAGCAUGUCCUGCAUCUAAUGAAGCAACACAGUAAAGUCUUGUGCAACGAUCGAGUAGUCAGCAGUAUUCCUUUGGCAAAACAAGUGUCACGAAAUGGGAAGAGCAAGAAGUCAGCAACACCUCCCUCCACUAGCAGUGUUAAUGAAGAGCUGUCUGAAGUCCUGCAGACUUUACAAGAUGAAUUUGGGCAAAUGAGCUUUGAUCACCAGCAGCUUGCAAAACUUAUCCAAGAAUCACCAACUGUUGAACUGAAAGACAACCUAGAGUGUGAACUGGAGGCAUUAGUGGGAAGGAUGGAGGCAAAAGCCAAUCAAAUAACUAAAGUUCGAAAAUACCAAGCCCAGCUGGAGAAACAAAAGUUGGAGAAGCAGAAGAAGGAAUUAAAAGCCACCAAAAAGACUCUUGAUGAGGAAGGAAACAGCAGCAGCCAUUCUACAACGACGGGGACCACAAAUAAGAAGGACUUUGCCAAACCGAGACCUGGAGAAAAAAGCAGGAAAAAUCUUCAAUUAUUGAAAGAUAUGCAAUCCAUACAGAAUUCAUUACAAAGCAAUAGUUUGUGUUGGGAUUACUGACUGUUAUCAGGUCAUAAAUUUUAUUCACAUAAUUUGUACCUCAUCACUCUUAGGUUGAAAUUAAUUAAUAGCAGACAUUUAGGGACCCAGGCUUCAUUACACAGGCUUGUGCCACAUAUCACAACUAAAUGUUAAGCCAUCUAAACGGAAACUGGGGGUAGUUUUCAAGGCCAAGAAGCCACACAUACUGUUCCUUUGUUUGAGAUGAAUUUGCUGUACUGAGAUAUUGCACUUUGUAAACAAAUUACCAGUUUUUUACUUGUGGGUGUGAUUUUUUUUUAAUAGUUCUAUUAUAUAAGUAAAAUUAGGUUUAAAUUAUCAAAGUAUGAGGCUGUCCCAUAGGCAGUGUUUGUUUGAAAAGUCUCAUUUUUAAAUCUUUCUGGCAUGAAUCACCUGCUUUUGCUUUUCAAUACAACCAUUAAAUACACUCCAUUUCGACUACUGAUGGAGGUUUUCUAUGUUUAAAUAUUUAUAAGUAUUUAAGACAAUUGCUUUGUUUUGCUUUUUGACAUUACAGACAUUGGUCAGUAUUAAAUACACUUGCAUUGAUGUUAAUUCACCAUUAAAAUUUUUAAAGAUGCAUUCAUUUUAAAUCAGUUAAAUGUGAAAAUCACAAAAGCAUUUUUAAAACUAUAAACAUUGUUAAUGACGUAAAUGAGGUUUUGGAAUGAAGAGAGAAAGGGAGGUGUUGUAAAGUAUAUAUACAUAUGUAUUUUUAGAUAAUACCUGUUUGUAAUCAUGCUGUUCAUUUCAAGGCAUUAUUGUUUUUAAUCUUAAACUCAGAAUCCCCUGAUUAUUUAACUUUAUUUGUGUACAGUGUGAGUGCAGUAUUAACUGUACACAUGUAAUUGUCAUUGUUAAUAAUGUGAAUCAUCGUUUUGAAUAGUUCAAGACAUGUUAACUUUAUAAAAUCGCCACUGAAAUCAAUAAAGCAGCUUUUUUAAGGAAA